ACAGGCCGUGACAUAAAAUCACAAUUAGUUCACUUCAUUCCUUCAAUAAUGUAAUCCCACCAUCAAAUUGCAAUUUGCAAAUGGAUAGUUCUACUGACAAGCCUCCUUACACUCCUCUCUUUGAACAAAUCCAGCCCGCUCGAGAUCCGGCUGAUUACAGGCCAUCCUUGAAGAUCAUCACUUGUAGUCUCUUUUCCUCCCUCUGUGUACUAUCUUCUGUCAUUGUGAUCUUCAGUCAAUCACCCUUACCAAAAUCUCAACAAGUCAGUAAUGAAACUUUACAAAAACCUUCAUCGUUGGAGUCCUCAUCGAUCGCCAGAGUCGCAGUCUCGUCUCCCGUGGAGGCGUCUGGGAAUGGGGUCUCGUACCAAUGGGCUGAACGGAUGUUGACUUGGCAAAGAACAGCUUUCCAUUUUCAACCUCAAAAUGGCUGGAUGAAUGAUCCAAAUGGUAUUGCGCUAUGCAAACUCUUGCUUCAUUCAUAUUCUGUUGUUAACUUGUUAUUGACUUCUUAUCAAUCAGUGCUGCUCAAAAAUUGCUUGCAUAACACGAAUGUCUUGGGGUUAACUUACUAGUGGGUGGUUCUGGGUGAGCACAAGUUUUCAGAAGGUUACCACUAACCAGUUACAACCCUGGAGACUGCCCUGCAUUUCUGCUUCCUUAAAAACCGUGUGUUUAGCCAAACCCAUGUCCUCCCCUAAUUCUCACUGGUAAAGAGAUACUCCUAUUUAAUUUCAUUUUUAGCCUCUAAACUGUGGUUGAAGUUUUUUGGAUUCUUUGAUAUUUCUUUUAUUAUAUGUAUGAUGUAGUUUUUUGGAUUCUUUGAUAUUUCUUUUAUUAUAUGUAUGAUGUAUCUAAUAAUUUCACAUUGGUCCAUACUCCAUAUUAUGAAAAUUACAUUUUAUGGUAUUAGAUACAACAACUUACUUAGUAUUACUUCAUAUCUGCCGUGUUUAAAACAAAUUUAUAUGGAGGAUGUCUGACAAGUUACAAUGAAUGUUCGUAAAAUGGAACUAUCAAAGUGGGAACUUUCACCUUUUAUAAUGACUUUUAAAUGACCAAUUGGCCAUUUAUGUAUGGUGAUCUUUUAUCGAAAAGUAGAAGUUUGUACAUUUAACUUUACAAUGUGUCAUGAAAAUGUAUAAGAUUAAAAGGUUAAAUGUACAUGAAAAUGUGUCACAGCUCCAUUAUACUACAAAGGAUGGUACCACCUUUUCUAUCAAUACAACCCAAGUUCAGCUUUUUGGGUGGAAAAUAUCACAUGGGGUCAUGCAGUAUCAAAAGACAUGAUUCAUUGGCUCUAUCUACCACAAGCAAUGGUCCCUGAUCAGCCCUAUGACCUGCGUGGUGUUUGGACUGGCUCUGCCACAACCCUCCCUGAUGGAAAAAUCAUGGUGGUCUACACUGGAAACACAGAUGUGCAGGUUCAAAAUCUUGCAUAUCCUGCCAAUCUUUCUGAUCCUCUCCUCCUUAAAUGGACCAAGUAUCCGGGUAACCCUGUGAUUGUCCCCCCACCCAGAGUUGGUUUGUUGGAGUUUAGGGAUCCAACCACGGCGUGGGCUGACUUAAAAAGUGGCCAUUGGUUUCUUACUAUAGGGUCUGAGCUUAAUAAAACAGGUGUUGCGUUUGUUUAUGAAACUUCCGAUUUUAAAAGAUAUAAGCUUUUGGACGGGUUCUUGCAUUCGGUUACCGGUACUGGUAUGUGGGAGUGUGUGGACUUUUUUCCGAUUUCAACCGGGAAUGGAUUUGGGUCAGACAAUAUGGUUAAAGAUUCAGGUGUGAAGCAUGUUUUGAAGGCAAGUUUGUAUGACGAAACACAUGAUUAUUAUGCUAUUGGGACGUAUGACCCAAUAAAAAUAAAGUGGACACCUGAUUAUCCAGAAUUGGAUAUAGGUAAGGGGUUGAGACUUGAUUAUGGGAAAUGUUACGCAACAAAGACCUUUUAUGACCAAAACAAGCAUAGAAGAAUUAUAUUUGCUUGGAUUGGGGAGAGUGACUCCCGAGAUGUUGACAUUGUAAAGGGUUGGGCAUCUAUUCAGGGUGUACCUAGGACUCUUACUUUUGACAAGAAAACAGGGAAUCAUCUGCUUCAGUGGCCAAUUAAAGAAGUUGAGAGCUUGAGAUUAGGUGUUCCUAUAGUCACUGACGUGGAGCUUCAACCAGGCUCACUUGUGCCGAUCAAUGUUUCAACUGCUACACAGUUAGACAUUAUUGUGUCAUUUCAAGUGGAUAAGGGCACACUUGAAGCUGCAACAGUGGAAGCCAACUAUAAGUACAGCUGCAAUCACAGUGGUGGUGCUGUUAACAGAGGAACUUUGGGGCCAUUUGGUAUAAUAGUUGUGGCUGAUGAAACACUUAGUGAGCUAACACCUGUUUACUUCUUCAUUAACAAAGGUGUUGAUGGGAAUGCUGAGACUCAUUUCUGCACCGACUUGACAAGAUCAUCAUGGGCUUCUGGAGUUGAGAAAGAAGUUUAUGGCAGUACUGUACCUACUGUUGAAGAUGAGAAAUAUUCAGCAAGAAUAUUGGUUGACCACUCGAUUGUAGAGAGCUUUGCUCAAGGAGGAAGGACAGUUAUAACGUCAAGAGUGUAUCCAACUAAAGCAAUUUAUGAGACAGCGAAGGUGUUCUUGUUCAACAAUGCCACCGGGGCAAGUGUUCAAGCAAAUGUGAAAAUAUGGCAAAUGAGAUCAGCUUACAUUAAGCCAUUCCCCGUUUGAAUCUAGUAUGUAUGUUCCACGGGCGUUGCACGUAAUGCGGCAUUAUUCAUGCAUGUAUAGUUUUCUUGUAAUAUAAGGCAACAGUUCUGUGUUAUUGACCCGUUAAGAAGCCUUUUUAUUCCACUUUUUUGAGUAGUUUGAUUUCGAAAUCUAUGCUGGCAUCAUUUUUUGUCGAAAUCUUUGAAAGUCUUCCAAAAAUCUUUUGAUGCCUAAGAAUUGGAGCCGCGAGAUUAGUAUUCACAGCCCUUUAUUCACAUUAAUUGAUAAAAUAUACGGAGUAUAUUGAAUGCAU